GGAGCUGGGCCCGGGACACGCACCUGCCCGGCGGCGCUGGAGGCUCCGGCCGCAGUUCCGGCUCGCUCGUGGCACAGGGUCCCUGGCUCCCCAGUGCCAGCAUGUCUCACAGGCACUCUGACGGCUCCAUGGGCGACAAGGCCCUUCUCCUGGAGCGCAAGUUCCGUUCAGAGCUUCGGAUAGAUACCAGCGUGCCCUCAACCUCUGGGAAACGCAGCUCGAUGGCAGCACUAGACAACGCCCAGCGCUCCCCGUCCCCCACCGAGCCCCGCCGUGUCAUCCUCAGCACAGAGAGCCCAGCCGCACUCAAGGUGGGCACCCAGCAGCUGAUCCCCAAAAGCUUGGCCGUGUCUACCAAAUCCAAGACCCCCGCCCGCCACCAGAGCUUCGCCGUGACCAUGCAGAGUAAAGAGGCAGCUCGCUGCGACCCCAAGCGGAUGUCUGCCCCCAGCAUUUCCCUGGACGACCUGGACAUCGAGAUGGAUUCUAGCCUCAAGCGCAACCUGCGGAACACAUCGUACCGGGCAGCCAUGAAGGGACUCAGGAAUGUCGAGGAGCCGGAGUCUGAGCCUUCUAAGGGCGUCGCCACCCUAAAGCCCAUGUUGCAGGACACCAACGCACAAGCAGCGCGUAGCCCGGGGAGAAACAAGAGGACACUCGGGAGGAAGCGGAUGCAGAGACAUGGGGGCUCCUUUAAGGAUGAGCCCCGGCUGUAUCAGGAGAUCCGUGAGAGAGGGCUGAACUCCAUCAACCAUGAGUCAGACGAUGACUUGCUUGAGGAGGACUCCAUUCCGGAGGAGCAUCCCGCUCUUAACACCAUUGUGGUGAAAAGCUAUCGCCCUGCCCAGGUGACCUGGAGUCAGCUACCUGAGGUGCAGGAAGCAGGCAUCCUAGACCGAAUCACCCCAGAGGAACGCAAAAGGCAAGAGGCAAUCUUUGAGAUCAUCACCUCUGAAUACUCCUACCUGCACAGCCUGGGUAUCCUGGUGUGUCAAUUCAUGAAAUCCGAAGAGCUGAAGGAGACAAUGACCCAAACUGAGCACCAUCACCUCUUCUCCAACAUCGGCGAGAUCCUGAGCAUCAGCAAAAGUUUUUUUGAGGACUUGGAGAAGCGGCACCAGGAAAAUAUACUGAUCCCCGACAUCAGCGACAUCCUGGAGAAUCACGUGUCGAACCGCUUCAACCCUUACGUCAUCUACUGCUCCAACGAAGUCUACCAGCAAAGGACGCUACAGAAGCUGCUAAACACGAAUGCUACAUUUAAAGAGACCUUGAAACAAAUUGAGAGGAAGCCAGAGUGUGGUGGCCUGCCCAUGUGCUCCUUCCUCAUCCUCCCCAUGCAAAGAGUAACACGCCUCCCCCUGCUUAUGGACACGGUUUGUCAGAAAACCAACGUGUACAGCACAGCCUAUGAAGCUGCCACCCAAGCCCUGAAAGCCAUCAGCAAGCUGGUUAAGAGAUGCAAUGAGGGAGCCCACACGAUGGAGAGGACCGAGCAGAUGUACACGCUUCAGAAACAGCUGGAGUUCGGAAAGAUCAAGCCUUUCCCACUGAUUUCGGCUUCUCGCUGGCUGCUGAAAAGAGGGGAGCUCUCCCUGUCCCAUUCAGAAGACGCUAGUAUCUUCCGCAAAGGCUUUGGCCGGACUAACUGCUACCUUUUUCUAUUUAAUGACGUCCUGAUCGUAACCAAGAAGAAAAGUGAGGAGAGCUACAUGGUUACGGACUAUGCCAAGCUGGAUCAGAUAAUAGUGGAGAAAAUAGAAAGCCCCGACGCUCCCUCGUCUCCCUCCGGGAAGCCAGGGUCAAGUGGUGGAACCCGCAGCCCAUGUAGCGGCCACGCGUUUCGCGUGAUCAUGAAGAGGAACAGCGAAGGGAAGGAGGAGACGGUUGUGCUGUCAGCGGACUCUCCGAGUGACCGGGCUCGCUGGAUCACUGCUCUGAUGCACAGAGAAAACAAAACAGAUGACAUGGCUCGAAAAGGAGAGCUGAGGCAGGUGGAGAUAAUCAGGCCCUACUUGGCUAAACAGACAGAUGAGAUUUCCCUGCAGCAGGCGGAUGUCGUCUUGGUCCUCGGCGAAGAGGAUGGCUGGUACUUGGGCGAGAGACUGCGAGAUGGUGAGAGAGGCUGGUUUCCCCAGUCCUGCGCUCAGCCUAUCACCAACCGCAACGCUGUGGAGAGCAACGUCCGCCGCAUGGAGCGACUGCGGAUAGAGACGGACGUGUGAGUCCCAGGCCCGGGCGGAAUGUUCUUUCUCCGGGGUGAGCCAGUUAUAAGGCCACGAGCUGCAGCCCUGCAAGCUGGCUGGUCCUUUAGACCAUUGAGGAGAGGAACGUCUGUGGUCCAGACCCGCCAGUGCCCUCAGUGUCUCUCCCGUGCAGCUGAUCUUCGGAGCUAACGCCAUUUCCCUUCCUUUCAAGGGAAGAACUAACUUUCUCUAGAAGAACUAACUUGACUCGGACCUGAGCGCUUUGUGCAGAGAGAGGGGUUGUGUAAUCUCUUUGCAUGCACUCAGGAUGUGUCAUCUCUCUGAAGACUUCAGCAAUCCUAGGAGCUACUUCACAUCAUCUGAUCUGCCCUGGCCUCUCAUACGCCGCUGGAUGGUUUUCUAAUAUCAGCUGGAAUUUGCUGCAAGAAAUUUAAAGCUAUGGCUUCUUGCUUUGAGAUCCAACCGAGAGACUUCCCUGAAAGACUCACAUGUGGAGCUGGGGCUCUAGUUAGGUAUUUCAGUUUGUGUGCCACUGUCUCCAGUUCACCUCUAUUCUCUCUCUGCCAUCACCUAUUGCUCUCAGUCCUGGGGCGAGCACUUGUCGGGGAUCCUAGCUCAACAUGCAGCAGGUCAGUUACAGGGCUUCUUUGCAGCUGCAAUAUUGCGGGGAGCACGUCCAGGUGUGGUUUUGAUAAAUGUGUAUCUAUAAAAUUGAUAUUUUUUCCUUUGUUACUGAUUUGAAUAGUCUGUCGUCAUUUUCAACAGA